CACGCCCUGAAACUUCCCGCCGCUGGAGUUUCGCGCCAUUAAAGGUGGUCUCGCGGUCCGGUGGUAGUUUACUUCAGACUGAUUUCAUUUUAGGACUGGAAGACUUUAUAUAAAGAGAAACCCAAGCAGCAGAACUGACGACCAACGUCGAAAAUGUCAUCCAAGAUGAGUUCUUCAGAGGAGGACGAGUAUGCAGACUUGAAGACUCACUUCUCCAUGAUAGAGUGGUCCAGGUUGGAGGAAUGGGAGAAAGUCCGUUUUAAAAACAUCAAAAGAAACCAUCUGGCUAUGCUGGCUAUAGGUCUGACCUCCACUGCUCCAGCUUUCAUGCAUCGUGGCAGGGCCAAGGUCCUGGCCCCCCUCCCUGAACCCAGCGACUCUGAAGAAGAUGAAGAGUGGACCCCUCGCAUGGAGAGACCCCCUCCAGCCCCACGGACCUUCAGACCCCCUCUUACGAGACCAGCGGCACCGCGGAGAGCUGCUCCCACACACACACCUGCACCACAGCCCCCAAGUGGUGAGGUAGCGGGACCCAGCAAGGAGGCCCAACCCCCCCUGGAAGAGAUGCUGAGUGAGGAGGAGCUAGCCUUCCUCAGAGACGCCAGCCCCCCGACACACACACACUCCCUGACAACGGAGGGCCAGAGCACCGGUGGGGGGGGCACUCAGGGAGGGGGCGCGGGAGGCCCAGAGGCCCCCCAGGAGAAAUAUAAUCUGUCAACAUCAGGCCUGUCUAAGGCAGAGUGUAUGAGGAGGAGCAGGGCAGCAAAGAAGAUCCAGUUCCCCAGAGGCAGGAACCUGAGAGAGAGGCCCAGGGUCAACUAUACUGAGCAGGAGGAGCCCAAAGAUGACCACUACUUCUACUGUGAGGACUGCAAUUCGUUCUUCAUCAAGGAGUGUGAUCUCCACGGCGCCCCCUUGUUCGUCGUCGACACCCCUGCAGCCCUGGGGCUAAUGGACCGGGCCAGACUCACCCUGCCGCCCGGUCUGGAAGUCAGGAGGUCAAAUAUCCCCAGGGCCGGACUGGGGGUGUUCAACUGUGGGGGGGUGGUCGCCAAGGGAACCCACUACGGCCCCUACGAGGGAGAAGUGAAGGAGGAGGAAGAGGCCAUCGAGAGUGGAUACUCCUGGGUGAUUUACAAGAGCAGACACUGUAACGAGUACAUCGAUGCCAAGACAGAGACUCACUCCAACUGGAUGAGGUAUGUGAACUGUGCCCGUAACGAGGGGGAACAGAACCUGGUGGCGUUUCAGCACCGAGGAGCCAUCCUGUACCGCUGCUGCCGGCCGCUGGCCCCGGGGGAGGAGCUUCUGGUCUGGUACGGAGAGGAGUACGCCAGAGACAUGGGGAUCUCCUUUGACUACCUCUGGGACAACAAGAGCUCCACCAGAGGACCAAGGAUUGAAUCGUCUCAGACUGAGGUGUUCUCCUGCUCCCAGUGUCUUCUGUCCUUCACUGCCCAGAUCUACCUCCACAAGCACAUUAAGAGGUGCCACCAUGACCUGUACGUCUCUCUGCUGAGGAGUGGAGAGAUCAGACCAGAGACUCUGUCCUCCUCUCGACCACACCCCAACACCACUUCCUCCCUCCCCCUGGUCCCCAUCCAGGGAAGCAUGGACACAGGAAAGGCCAGACAUCACCACUGUGACCAGUGUGGGAAGAGCUUCAGUCUGUCAGGGAACUUAAAGAGACACCAGCAUGUUCACUCAGGAGAGAAGCCGUACCACUGUGACCAGUGUGGGAAGAGCUUCAGUCUGUCAGGAGACUUAAAGAGACACCAGCGUGUUCACUCAGGAGAGAAGCCGUACCACUGUGACCAGUGUGGGAAGAGCUUCAGUCUGUCAGGAGACUUAAAGAGACACCAGCGUGUUCACUCAGGAGAGAAGCCGUACCACUGUGACCAGUGUGGGAAGAGCUUCAGUCUGUCAGGACAUUUAAAGACACACCAGCGUGUUCACUCAGGAGAGAAGCCGUACCACUGUGACCAGUGUGGGAAGAGCUUCAGUCGGUCAGAAACCUUAAAGACACACCAGCGUGUUCACUCAGGAGAGAAGCCGUACCACUGUGACCAGUGUGGGAAGAGCUUCAGUCUGUCAGGAGACUUAAAGAGACACCAGCGUGUUCACUCAGGAGAGAAGCCGUACCACUGUGACCAGUGUGGGAAGAGCUUCAGUCGGUCAGGACAUUUAAAGACACACUUUUGUUCUGGGAAGACUAGAGAUCCUGAACUCUAGAUCUCACUUAAUAAUUAAACACAUAUGAACACAGGAAAUGUAUGUAUUCGUGUUCAUCAUUUAAAGUAUAAUUGUACAUAAGAUAUUUUAUUUAAACUGAAAAUGUAUAUUGUAUAUAAAUGUAAACACAAAAUGCAGGCUAUAUAAGAUUGUUUCAUUGUUUAUUAUAUAAUUGUAUAAUAACAAAUAAUUCUGUAUGACUUAAUAUAUAUUUUACUUAUAAACAUAAACUUAAAUAACAUGCUCUGUUAUGUGAUGUAGACAAUAAUAUAUCAAAUUAAAAUAAACAUUGAAUCCUACUGUCAGAUGUUUAUGUUUGAUCUAUACUGUGAGCAUAAUGUUGUUAUCCUAUCCCUUCUAGCAACAGGCUCCAUAUGAUACCAUCUCCUUUUCGCUAGUCCCCAUAGGAUUCUAGAAUUUAUUUGACUUUCUCUCCAACCGCUUUAGCAGUCAUUAUCUGUCCUAAAAAGAUCUUACGUAGAAUCAAUUUCUGCUAUAUAGUAUUAUAUACUGUAUAUAUAUUUCAGAGUAUAUUGUAAAUGAUGUUAUAUUUCUAUGAUUAAAUAAACAUUACCGUUACAACU